AAACUGCAUUGUGCUCAUCCUACUAGCAAAGAAAUGUCUGGUUCUGUCAUGAACUGCAGUGUUAUCACUCUGUGUAAACAACAUGUUUAAUGUCUUGUUGUCUAGAGUUCAAGCCCGCUGCCCUGAAUUUUAAAUGGACUUUAUGUAAUGGUAAACAAUAAACGUUAUGACAGUACUGUUACUAAACAUAUUGAGAAGCAUGAAUUAAACUCCCACUCUCAUCACGAUUGUCCACUGACAUCUCUCUCUCUCUUACUCUCUUUUUCACAGUAUCAUCAGGCCAUGCAUCAGAGCCUUCAGAUGCAGCAGCAGCAGAUGAUGAUGCAGCAGCCCAUAUAUCAAUCCCAGCAGCAACAGCAGGCUCACUACACUGCCCUGAUGCAGCAGGCCUUUGUUCAGCAGCAGCAGCAGCAAUGUGCUCCAGUCCAACAGGUGCCCUAUAUCUCUCCUCUGGAGUUCCAGACCCCACUGGGCUCCUAUAACCCUGCAGGACCUUCUCCCGUAGAGACCCCCUUCGCUAACAUCAGUAGAAACCCAGUGUCCACUGUGGAUGUCAUGAGCCCUCCUCCCCAGACUGUCAAUAGCCCUCCUGAUAUGUCUGCUUGGAACCCAUUUGGAGAAGACAAUUUCUCCAAACUCACAGAAGAGGAACUUCUCGAUCGAGAGUUCGACCUUCUAAGAGCAAAAAAGCCGGUAGAGCGAUCUGUCAGCAUGGAGGCCAGCAGCAUAGACAGACAGCAGCCGUUACUGCAGCCCUCUCUCCCUGAGGAUCCAUUUGGCUCUGUGCCCUUCCUGGCCAACGCAGCAGGAGCUGGUGUGCUGACAGCAGACCAUCCUGUUGAGAUGCCCAGUGUUGCUGUGACUGUUCCAGCCAUGCAAGACACAACCCUGCCAUCAGUCAAAGAAAACAAAUCUGCAAAGAAAAGUAGCUCCACUAGUUCACUGCCUCAGAAAGCAGGCGAGGAAUCAGACAGUGAUUUUGAGUCCGACCCGCCCUCUCCCAAAAGCAGUGAAGACGAAGAGGCGGAAGAGGAGGAAGGUCUCAACAGUGAACACGAAGACACCGAACCUGAGAACCUGGGUCAGAGGCCGUUACUCAUGGACUCUGAGGAAGAGAUAGAGGAAGAGGAGGACAAGCACAGCUCAGACUCCGAUUGUGACUCAAGGAAAGCAAAACUUGGGCUGUCGAAUGACAAAGCUGCGGUUUUUCCUCCGAGAUCUGUGAAAGCUGAAUCUGGAGCCAGUCUGAACACUCCUCCCAAUUCACCAAGUGUCGCCAUGCCUGUCACGAGCAUUGUGGAUGUGUUUGGUGCUGUUCCUUUUGUUGGCAGUGGUCAGCCCAGAGUGUCACCAGAGAGCUCAGAUAUUUUCGUCAAAGCCCCUUUUAGGCAGGCUAGCCAGGAGAACGCUGCGGAAGAGACUGAUGUAUUCACCAAAGCUCCUUUCAACAGAAACAUCUCCAGGUCCAGCUGGAGUGACGAUGGACCCAGCGGCCAGACGCCACCCGUUUCUCCUGACAGCGUGGAUGUAUUUGGAUUCUCGCCUUUCGAACCUGGCCACGUAAUAACCACUUCUAGGAAUCAAGAGGACGUAUUUGGCCAAGCACCUUUUGACGACGCAGCCAGUCCCCAGCAACAGAGGCAGAAGCAGCGCAGUCUUCAGAAACUCUCCUUGCGGCAAAGGCGCACCAAGCAGGAGGCCAGUGGAGGCAAUGGGAAGCGACACCACAGCACGCCCACCAGCGGCAAGAAGAGCAACAAACCCAGUUUCCGUACCCCUGAACGGGUGCGAAGGCACAAGAAAGUGGGUAGACGGGACUCGCAGAGCAGCAACGAGUUCCUCAGCACGUCCGACUCCAAAGAGAACAUCAGUAUUUCCCUUGGCGAGGUGAUGGAAAAAGGAGCUGCUUUACCCCCAGAGGAGGUUUUGUUGGAUCCGUUUGGAGCCAAGCCUUUUCAUCCACAAGAUGGCAGUCGACACGGUCAGCACCAGAGCUUAGGAGACAACAAAAGUGAGAUCAAUUCGACCAACGGCAGGCCGAGAACCAGCUCCCUACAUGGCGUGUUUGACGGGAAUAAGAUUGAUGACUUUGGAGCAGUACCUUUCACAGAACUGGUGGUCCAAAGCGGAGCUCCGCAAACCCCACCAAUAGAUCUCGACCCUUUCGGAGCCGCACCUUUCCCCUCAAAGCAGUGAAUGCCUUGUCUUCCAGCACACACACACACACACAUACACUGCUACAUUAUGCAAAGUCCAAGCAGCCUUUUGAAAUGUCUUUAACGGACGGCAGCUUUGUGCUGUGAUCUCUGUGUAUGUGCAGCCCAUUGGGACGUAGGCCUUUAAACUAGAUAACAUUCAACUUUUGUAGUUUUUCAAGUAUUUUAAUACCUAACUGGACAGCUAAAACACCUAUUUUCCUUUUGGUGACUUAAACCUGUGGUUGGUGGAUGCUUUCAAAUAGGCUUUUGAAGCAUAUUCUUUACACGCUAGAAAGCCUUCUAUGCUGCAUUUCAAUAAGCGCUCUGCUCAGUAAAAACAACAACAAAAACAGUGGAGAUGUGUGUAUAAUCCUUUGUUUUAAUAGGAUUAAGAGAAAAAUACCAAUGGCGAACAGCAUUUUGAUCAAGUUUGUACUCCAUUGUUGACCACUGAGUUGGUACAACUCCUAUCUACCAACAUGAAACACCAUAAAGCCUUAUCUGGGUAUUCCCCACCCUGCUUAACAGUACCUCGAAUACACAAUGGCUGUAGUAGCCCGUUUGUGUCAAUGGAAUCAUCUGAGUGUAGGCCUUCUCCGUUUUAAUGUCAUUCACAUAGACGAUUUUAUGCAUAUUUUUACAUUUUGUAAGAACGUUACAAUGUCUAUAUAAAUGAAAAGGGUCUUAACGUCCCCUUUAGUAAACUGACCACACAAGAGAAGUUAAACUUGCAGUUUAUUAGACAAUGUUGUAACUCACAUAGAAAUAGUUCUCCAACCUGAACUUAACAUAUUUGAUGUUAUCAAAUGAUUAGGUGUUCCACUACGUCUGUAACCUACAAUCAUGAACAAUUAGCUCUUGUGGAAAGGGAAAAUAAUUAAAGAAUGAGCUCAUUGCAAUUUUUUCCUAUUUAUAUACCAGUCACUUGUUUGAAGCUAAUUUUUUAAUUCAAUUUUAGUCAUGAAGAGUAUCACAAUUUUACUGAUAAAAGGGCCAUUUAGAAGAUACAUUUACACACUGAGUAUCUGCAGUUGGAACAUUCAAGACCAAAAAGAGCUUUUUUUCAAACAUUGCAAGAUUAGUUUUUUUCUUAUGUAAUACUACACUCUAACAAUGCAAUAAACGAUUUUUUUGGAGAUCAUGAGUCCCCGGUUUUUUUUUUUUGUCAGUCAGAUCUUUUAUUUAAAAACUAUCAUUAAAACUGCAGUUGAAAAGGACAACGUGAAUAUUUAAUCCGGUUUACAGAAGAACGCAUAUCCCAACAUAUUACCAACCAUACCAUGUGGUAAAAAUAAAUAAAAAUAGUUACACAUAAUCAAGCAUCAUGAUUCAGUAACAGCACAUCACCCUACCAUUAAGCACUAAAAACACAUUGUACUAUGUUAAAAAAAAAUGCAAUUGUACAGCUGUACAGUUCGCUAUUGUAAGGCAGAAAAUGAACUGAAAUAUGUAGCUUUCACAUUAGUCAUAAAUGUAUGACUUGAUAUCUUAGAUUACAAAUGGAUGAAAUGCAAUAUACAGAGUAGUGUAAAAUGCAUUCAGUGUAUGGAAGGAUUUUUAAAUUGCCAUUGUAACAGAGUAAACAAACAAUGAGUCAUCUCUCUACAUCAAUAUAAAUAAUACUGAUGUGUGUAUUACAAUAUGGAGCAACUCAAAAUAUAUUUUCCACUUAUGUAAAACAUUUGCUUAUUUCACCAAUCACUGAACAAGCCCUAUGAAAUCUCUGGUUUAUUCAAUGUUUUAAAUAAGACUAUAUGACUUAUAUCAUGUACAUUUAUUUCAAAAGUCAUGUUCACACAAACCCAACAUAAAUCAUAAGUGUGGUACUAUUAAGCUUGUGAAUCGUUGAAUUUUAGAUGCAAAUACAAAAAGUACACAUCAAAAUAGUAUUGAACUCACAAUA